AUGGCACCCCGACUGCAGAUACGGCUAAUGACGUGGGAUGUGAAAGACACACUACUCAGACUCCGCCACCCCGUUGGGGAGGAGUAUGCCACCAAGGCCCGGGCUUAUGGGCUGGAGGUGGAGGCCACAGCUCUGGGGCAAGCCUUCAGGCAGGCGUACAAGGCUCAGAGCCACAGCUUCCCCAACUACGGCCUGAGUCGGGGCCUCACCUCCCGCCAGUGGUGGCUAGAUGUGGUCCUGCAUACCUUCCACCUAGCAGGUGUUCGGGAUGCGCAGACUGUGGCCCCCAUUGCUAACCAGCUGUAUGAGGACUUUAGCAGUCCCUACACCUGGCAAGUGUUGGAGGGGGCCAAGGCCACCCUUAUGGGGUGCCGCAAGCGAGGUCUGAAGCUGGCUGUGGUCUCUAACUUCGACCGGCGGCUAGAGGACAUCCUGGUGGGUCUUGGCCUACGGGAACACUUCGACUUUGUGCUGACCUCUGAGGCUGCUGGGUGGCCCAAACCAGAUCCCCGCAUUUUCCAUAAGGCUUUGCAGCUUGCUCACAUGGAGCCAGUGGUGGCAGCCCAUAUCGGGGACAGUUACCGCUGUGAUUACCAGGGUGCCCAGGCUAUUGGCAUGCACAGUUUCCUCGUGACUGGCCCAGAGCCUCUGGACCCCACAAUCAAGAAAUCUGUACCUAAAGAACACAUCCUCCCUUCACUGUCCCAUCUCCUGCCUGCCCUUGACCGCCUGGAGGGGUCUCCCCAGAGGCUUUGA